UCCAUUAACAUUUUCAAAGCAAAAGAGCCGAAUUUCGAAGUGUUAAGAUAAUCCAACUAAAAGAUUUUUAUUGUUUUCUAUCCAUGAUACAAAGCAAGACUCAUUGUCUAAAUGGUUAUAAUCAUUGGGAGACAACCCAGUUUCAAGGACGAAAGCCCCGGCACACAAACACGCACAAAAGACAUCCUUAAAGGGAUAAAAGUGGACCACAUGCACUGCCACACAAUAUUGCCUUCAAAGGUAGUGCGUUCACUGCAUCGGUAGCAACACAUUAGAAUUGCCAUAGCAAGAACAGUUGGUUGCCGAGAAUAGAACAUCUAGAAUCCUACGUGUUUUCUUUUUUGUUUGCAUGCACAGGCUCAUGCACUUGCACAUGCACAUGCUAUGCAUUUGUAUUAAUGCUUUCAUUGCACCCUUUUUUUCUUUUUUCCUUUAUCAAGAAACAUCACAAAGGAAGUUGGACGUGUAAGCAUGACUUUCAUCAUAUCAAUGUACAAUGCUUCAAAGCUUCAGGGAAAAAAGAAAGAAGAAGAACAAAAAUGGAUGUUGACCAACCUGACUAAGCCAAGUGAUUGCUCUCUCUCAAUGUUUGUAGAUGAAUUUUCGGAAUGAGCUUAUCAAUUUUCCGGCGAAAUCGAAUGCAAUGGUUAAGGACACAGCUUUCUUGGGGGUAUUGCUUUCCGAUCAUCUCAAACCUGACUUCAGUCCUCUUAUCAUCAAGAGCAAGGACCGUCUAUACCAUGAGAUUAAAGAAGUUUGUGGGCUGCAAAAGAUCACAGAGGAGCAUCUGUCACAAGUCUUUAUCUCCAUAGCUCUCAUCCUAGGAGAUGGACUCUAUAACUUCAUCAAAGUACUGUCUUUCACCAUCAGAAGCUUCCAUGGUAGAUUGAAACGGAAGGACCCUCAGAACAGGCUGCUUAUCAUCAUUGGGGUGAUUCUACUUGUUAGUUCAUCGUGCCUGGUAGCGGUCCUUCCACGGCCACUGCGACCUUUCUACACAAGGGCAAAGAGAGGAAUUUCAGCCUCAAGCCCACCAGUUUGAUCUGCUCUUGGGAUUCAGGUCCAAGCACAGUUGUCCAAGCGACCACAUUGCAUCAUUUGAUAACAUCUCCAGUGAAAGAGAAGGCCUGAGCAAGGAUGAUAAAAAAAAACUAGGAUACAUGAGGGUCACCUUUUCUUUUUUUUUCUUGCUGUUGAUGAAAAAGAUUUGCUCUAUGGCUGCGGAUUAUUGGUAGCCAUGAGUUUUAUGGCUAUGGAUUUAAUUCGUAGUGUCACUACCAGCACCGCAAGGAUAUUCUACUUCGGGAACCUGAAAAAGCUUCUAUUUAGCUAUACCUCUUCGCCA